AUGCACUUUGCCCCCCAAUGGGUCAAGCCCAUCAAGCCCACGGGCUCGGCGCUCACGCCGACGUCCGAGGUGCCCCCGCAGCACCACCACCACCAUCACCACCACUCCAAGGUCGCGCCCUCGUCGUCGCCCUUCCCGGCUCUUGGCCAGCCGCGUUCCGGAUCGCCCAACGCCGCCACUGCCCAUGUCAACCCGCCGCCUCUCUCGUACUCGCGCGUCACCCACACCCAGGCGUCGCCGUCGAUGGGCGGGGAUGGCUACUUUCCCUACAAUGGCGACGGGAACGGUGAUGCCGACCCCAGCCCUUUCCCCUUCCGCUACAGCCGCGAGCAGAUCCUCGCCGUCUGGGACGAGGACAAGUUCAAGGAGCGGCCCAUCGAGCUCCUUCAGCUGGCUGAGAGCGGCGCAGUGCUCGUGAGCAAGAACGUCGUCAAGCCCGUGGGUCUGCGCGAUCUCACCGACUUGGAGAAGAAGCUCCUCUCCACUUCCGUGCACCCGCCCAUGCCGACCCGUCGCCCCGCCCAUAACCAGGUGGACCCCGCGGCUCCCAUGGCUCGUCGCGCUCCCCAGCCUGUCGGCGGGGGCGGCGGCGGCGGUGCUGGUGGAGGCGGCGGUGGUGGCAGCGGAAAAGAGCAGGCAGCUCCCGCGCCCCAGCAGCCCAACAACCCUCGUGCUGGCUUUGGCGGCUUUGGACGCGGCGAAGGCGGCGCGUUCGGAGGAGCAGCCAAAUUCAGCGGAGCGCUCGCCGAAGGCCGCCAGCCUGGUGGUCUCGGCGGCGGCUUUGGCGGCGUUGGAAAGCGCGCGCCCCGCCGCGACGCCGACGAUCCGCUCCGUCCCUCGGCUGCCCCCACCUGGCGCUCGGCGAGGAAUGCCUCUGGCGCGUUUGAGGGCGUGCUAGGGUUUGGCGGUGGUCAGCCCGCCCCGGCCCAGCAGCAGCAGCAAGAACAGCAGCCCGACGACCCGGCCGUCAAUAGCAAGUCCGCCGAGGACGAGCGCUUGAGCUGGGCCGCAGGCCAGCGCAAGUGGCGAGCCACUCCUCAGGAGGACACGGCCCUGGACUCGCACCAGGAAGUUGCUUCCGAGUCGGUCAUUGCCACUGCCUCGGCGACGCCCCUCCUCGAGCGUGACGCUACCAUGCUCCGCGAGGCCACGCCGACGCCGUCCAACGCCCACUCCGAGGCCUCACAGGCUCAGGAGCGUGAGGAUCUCGGUGCCAUCAACUGGCUCUACCGCGACCCCAACGGCCAGGAGCAGGGUCCGUUCUCUGGCAACCAGAUGCACGAGUGGUACUCGCACUCGUACUUUAAGGACGACCUCCCGAUCCGUCGCCAGCACGAGACCACGUUCCACACGCUGUCCGAGCUCAAGACCUUCACUGGUAACGCCGUCCAGCCUUUCCUCUCGACCGUCCGCCCCCGUCUUCCCCCCAACCUUCCUAUCCCUCUCGCUGCCAUCCAGACCACCCAGAUUUCUCCCAGCCCUUCGCCUGGCCUGAAUGAGCAGUUCCACCGCCUCAACCUCCAGCAGCAGCAGCAACAGCAACAACAGCAGCAGCAGCAGGCGUACAACGCGCAGCCGUACCCCAACCACUACGGCCAGCCCCAGUACAACCCCGUCCCCACCUACCUCAAUGGCCAGCAGCCUUGGAGCCCUGCUCCCGGUCCUCAGAGCCCGGCUCGCAUGAACGGCCCCUACGGCUCCAUCGGCGGUCACCAGCAGCAGCCGCAGUACGGCUUUGGCGCUGCUCCCAUUGGUACCCCCGUCCAGCGUGCCCCCGACGUGUUCUCUGCUUCGGCCAUUGGCCAGCCCUCGCCUUGGGGUGCCCCCAGCCCUGUUGCUGCCUGGCAGCAGCAGCAGCCCCACCUUGCCGCCGCCCAGGCGCCUGUCCCCGCUCCCAUCCCUGCCCCUGUCCACCAGGCUCCCAUUGAGGAGCAGUACAUCCUCCCCGCGGAGCCUGUUGCCCAGUACCAGCCUGAGGCGGAGGAGCAGCAGCAGCCCAUUGAGCCCGAGUACAUUGCCGCCGAGGACGAGUUUAUCGCCGAGUCCGAGUCCGAGGUCGACGAGGCUCUCGAGCUUGAGUACGAGUCUGAGGAGGAGAUCAUCGAGGAGCCGGUCGUCGAGGACGAGCCCACGCCCGAGGUCGAGGCUGUUCAGCUUCCCCCCGCUGCCGCUGCUUGGGGCAAGACCCCCAAGACGUCUGCCAGCCGCAAGUCGUCGGUCAGCGGCCCUACCCCGGCCCAGGCUUCGAAGCUCCCCCCUCCCCCCGCGUCGCUCCCCGCCAAGCCUGCCGCUUCCAAGGCUGCCGAGACCGCUCCUGCCCUCGCUGUCGUCACUCCCGUGACCCCGGCCAAGGCCGAGAAGCCCAAGGCCGCCCCCUGGGCCGCUACUCCUACCGCCUCGCACGGCCCGUCGCUCCGCGAGAUCCAGGAGCUCGAGGCUCGCCAGGCCGAGGCCCGCAAGCAGGCGCUUGCUGAGGCUCGCGCUUCUGCUUCCCCCGUCCCCAUCGUCCCCUCGACCGCGUCGGACGACAUGCCCACCUCGCUUGCCUGGGGUCUCCCCCAGCAGGGUUCCAAGAGCUCGGUGUCGCCCGCUCCCCCCUCCUCGGCGGCUCCCGCUUGGGGCGGCAGCAGCGACACGCCCAAGAAGACCCUCAAGCAGAUCCAGGAGGAGGAGGAGCGCCGCAAGCAGAAGCUGGACGCCCAGGCCCGCGCCGCCUCUGGCGCCGCUGCCGCUGCUACCGUCAAGCGCGGCUACGCCGACCUCGCCGCCACUGUGGCCCCCACCCCUGCUCAGGCCGCCGCGGCCGCCGCGCAGGGCUGGUCCACCGUCGGUGCCAGCGGCAAGGUCACCGCUGCCCCCACCAAGCCCACCGCUACUCCGGUCAUCCAGAAGACUGUUGUCACGCCCAAGGCUACCACCCCUGCCCCCGUCACCGUCGUUGUCCCCUCGGCCACUGUCAAGUCGAACGGCGGCUCGGACGACACCCAGCCCUCGGUCGAGUUCAUCCGCUGGACCAAGCAGGCCCUCACGGGCCUCACCGUCAACGUCGACGACUUUAUCCAAAUGCUCCUCCAGUUCCCCAUCGACCCCCCGGCCUCGUCCCGCGCCGACCUGCUCGAGAUCAUCUCGGACAGCGUGUACGCCUCGUCGUCGACGCUCGACGGCCGCCGCUUCGCGCAGGAGUUCUUCACCAAGCGCAAGGCCGACACGCAGCGCAACAACGCGUCGGGCGCCCGCGGCGUCCAGAAGAUUGCCUCGCUCGCCGACGUCGUCAAGACCCAGCCCAAGCAGCCCAGCGCCGACCUCGGCUUCAAGGUCGUCAAGGCCAAGAAGGGCCGCAAGGCUUAG